AUGCUUCUGCCUCCAGUGGCGGCGUUGAGUGGGAGUGAAAGCUCUGUGGCUGCAGCUGAAGGGUCUGAGGAGUCAGCAGAUGCAGCAUCUUCUCAGCACGCCCGGCAGCCGGUGAAGCGGAAGCUGUCGCGACCAGCUUCAGACGAUCAGAUCGCUUUGCGUGUGUUGUUGGGUAGGCAAUGCAAGUGUGCCAAGCAGAACUGUUUUCAGAAGUUUGGCCCGGAAGAACAGUUCCAGAAAUUAGUUGAAUUUCGAAAGCAUUGGGCUGAACUGCACAAACUCGACCAAGACAAGGUUGUGUUUGAAACUUUGCGGGCUCGAGCAGAGAAGCAAGGGGAGCCCUGGAACCUGCUAGGCACAGAUCUGUGCCUCAAGACUUGGAAGCUUUUCCACGGGAUUGGAUCACGGAGGCUUUCCAGAAUGAAACAAGCCGUACAGCAAGGGAAGACUUCCGCUCCUGCUGAUUUGCGGUAUUUGAAGAAACCGCAUUCCAAGGUAGACCAAUCGCAGCGUUCGAGUGUGGUUAGCUUCCUUGGCCACCUAUACAACAGCGUAGCGGAAACGUUACCAGACUUUCGAGAUGAUGUUGAGAGCGCCAAAGCCGAUGUAGAACUGGUGGCUGUGAAUCAGGGUUCAGACGAUGAGGAUGCCUAUGGGGACUUGAUUCAAGUGCGCGCUGAGAGCGCCAACGAGAGCCAGGCAAAACGAUCCAAAGAGCGGAGAAUGCGUGGCUGCGUGGAGCUGAAUGUGGCACGGAAGCCGGGGGUUGGUGGGCAGGAGACCCGCUAUUUACCACCAGGGCAAAUGAAAGACAUGUGGGAGCAAUACAGACUUGGGCUACAGAAUUCCACGACGAAACCUGCAAGUUUCAGUCUUUUUUGGCGGGUUUGGUUGGCUGACUUCCCAUUCUUGCGAAUAAGACCUAGCCGGAGCCACCCUGAGUGCGCGGUGUGCGUCAAGAUGAAGCUCUGGAUACGACAUCUGGGAGACAAUUUGCACGCUAGACGGCAACAGCUUGCUGCGUACCACAGCCACCUCCACCACCAGUACAUGGACCGGCUAUGUUAUUGGGAACAAAGGGGGGUGAGCCGUGCCCACGAUGGCAAGACAAUUCUUGCCAUCGUGGACGGCAUGGAUCAGGCUAAGUUUGCAUACCCCCGACAUUUGGGGUUGAAGAGCAAAGAGUUCCAGAGGCUGAUGAGGCCUCGUGCCCAUGUGGUGGGGUGCCUGGUCCACGGCUACAUGGUAGCAUUCGCAGUGACAGAGCCAGACUUGCCCAAGGACAGCGCAACUCACUGUGAGCUUAUCGCCCACAUCCUGACAAAGUUAGCUCAGCAAGGGGUGGUGCUUUCUGAAGUAAGUUUGCAGCCGAAUGAGAUUGAGGACAAGCACUUCAAGCUGAAGUUGGGCCAAAUGGGAGCGGACGACGUGAUUCUGAGGAUCCAGCGUGUGGCCCAGAACCGCAAGGCUCUGGCUGUGUACAUGCAGCAGGCAGAGGACCGCAGAAUGCUUGACAUUGCUGCCCGGACUUGGGCGGGCGGAGUGCCCUGGGAUGAGGCGAUCAAGAUUGGUGAUGAAAUUCCGCCUUUUUCCGUUGCGUAUAUCAAGGGCUGGAGACGAUCGAUCACGGCUUUGAUCGUUGCAGAAGCAAUCCGCACUUUGGCUCUGGAUUUCGAUGAACUUUCUGAAUCCUACAAGGUGUGGGACAAUGCAGCCUCCGUAGCUCGCGCUUUCCAAAUCGGAAAGUUUGAAAGCAUGUCGGUGGUCAAUCUGCAAAAAAAUGUGGCUAAGCCGGUGGUGGAUUCGCUUCGACAGGCCGUUCGUAUGCGCGGGAUGCGCGGUUUCCUGCACCACGAAACCGUCGCGAAGGGCGUGUUCAAUUUGGCCUACUCAUCGGGCGCCAGUUCGAUUCCUGGGGCCGAAGUGUGGUCUAGCCAGCUCACAAACAAGGAUGACAAUGAGCUUGCUUUGCUACUUGUGCGCCGCAUGUGCCAAGACUGGGACAAGUUGGCACCGAACAUGCGCAAGAGUUGGGGCUUGCGUGAGAGCAAUCAAUUGCACGCAUGCUGUGGAGGCUUCUUGUAUUUCAUGGGACUGCUGCGAGAGAAGGUGCCAACGAAAGAGUAUGAUGAUGUUGCCAGCGAUCUACAAAAGCAAUUCAUGAUGGGGAGCAUUUGCACGGACAUCGCGGAGCGCGGCAAGCGAGAGGUUGAGGAGCGUGACCGUGAAUUGGCUGACCAGGUGAACACAGCCACUUUGAAGCAGCUCCAACUCAAGUUUGAGGCGGACUUGGGAGUGCUGAAGGAGCGCGUGCCUACGAAGGAGAAGGAAGCGCAAGAGGCGGCCCUCGACAUCAAAUACUUGGCUCAGAGACAGAAGACUGGGCAGGAUUACACCCGAGACUGGCUGGAGACGAGCUGCAAGUUCAUUGUUGUUGACAGCGCAAUGAGUUCUGCCGUCAGAGCACUGACGUCUCAGAUCAGCAAAUUGACAGAAGGCGGAGGCCGUGCGAGGAUCAUUGAGGAUCACCUGAUGGGCGCCGGCCUGGAUGUCACGCAAACGGUUGCAGUGAACUUUGCGCAGCCACAGGAUGCACGGUCUUCUGAUCGAAGAAGUGGGAUCCAAACGUGCGUCGCAGUCACGGGAUCUGGCACGAGAGCGUCCCUCCAUUGGUCGCCGCCUGCCUUGAUUGGGCCUUUGACCCUCAUCAAGUUCACAGACCUGAUUGGAUAUGACGCUGAUGUGAAGAAGGGACUUGCAGUCCACAAUGGCAUCAUCGAUGCAUACCUGAACGGGCUGACGCGAGAUCCCGAAGACAAAGUGAUAGUCUUCGACAUCCUCCCCAACAGGUACCCGGAAUUUGGCCGCGCUGUUUGCGAGAGACGCUUGGCCGGGCACACACCUUUUCUCUCUUACAUGGGAUUGAUCAAGGACUCGCAGAAGGAUAACCUUGCUGCAGUGGAGGAGAUGGUAUAUAACCAUUGGGAUGGUAGCUCGCGCGCGCCAGCAAAACAACGUCCCAAGGAGGAGAAGGAGAAACCUUCCCUGUCACUGGUCCUGUGGCACAACAACCGGCCAAUCUUCCCAGAUGCUUUGGUCAGGAAAUUUGCUGACGGGAGUGACCAGCAUGCGCAGAUUCUGCGGAUGAAGAAGGAGUUGGAAGACUUGUGGCCUUCUUCCGCUGGUGGGGAGAGCGCCGUUGUGAGCGCAAGGGCUGCCGGCUCGCCUGACUUUACUGGGACGCGUGUGUUGGACCUGUCUCGGGAGGUUGACCUUGCCAGAACGCCGUCCAGCGAGUUCAAGGAGGACCGGUUGGCGCUGUGCCCCGGAAAGGCGAACAGGCCUUCGAUCCUGAUCACGAAGUCUUUUGAUAUCUACCUCGGGAACUUGAACUCGGAGGCGAUGGAUGUUCCUUGCGGAGAACUUUUCGGCUUCAAUGUGGGGUCCUUUGAGAUGAGGAUU